AUGAAAGACAGACGAUGUGAAGAAAGAAGUUGUGGUGCAGGAUAUAAUUGUGUUACCAGAGUCCGUGACUGUACACUGCUUAGUUCUUACGAAGUUGAGUGUCAAGAUAUCAAUGAGUGCGCCAGUAACCCAUGCAUCAGUGGAGGAAUAUGUCACAAUCUGCAUAACAGAUAUACUUGUUCUUGUCGGCCCGGGUAUCAUGGAACACGUUGUGAACUCGAUAUCAAUGAGUGUGCCAGUAACCCAUGCAUGCACAGAGGAACAUGUCACAAUUUGAUUAACAGAUACACUUGUUCUUGUCAACCUGGGUAUCAUGGAACACGCUGUGAACUCGAUAUCAAUGAGUGUGCCAGUAACCCAUGCAUCAACGAAGGAACAUGUCACAAUUUGAUUAAUAGAUAUACCUGUUCUUGUCAACCUGGGUAUCAUGGAACACGUUGUGAACUCGAUAUCAAUGAGUGUGCCAGUAACCCGUGCAUGCACGGAGGAACAUGUCACAAUUUGAUUAACAGAUUUACUUGUUCCUGUCAACCUGGGUAUCAUGGAACACGCUGUGAACUCGAUAUCAACGAGUGUGCCAGUAAUCCAUGCAUCAACGGAGCAACAUGUCAUAAUUUAAUAAACAGAUACACCUGUUCUUGUCCACCUGGUUAUUAUGGAACACGCUGUGAACUCGAUAAAGACGAAUGUGCCAGUAAUCCAUGUUUGCAUGGAGCAACAUGUCACAACUUGAUUAAUAGAUUUACUUGUUCGUGUCAUGAUGGGUUUCAAGGACCACGAUGUGAACAUGAUAUAGAUGAGUGUGCUAGUAACCCAUGUAACAAUGGCGGAACAUGUCACAACCUGGAGAACAAAUUCACUUGUUCGUGUUUAGAUGGAUAUUACGGAACACAAUGCGAACAUGAUAUUAACGAGUGUGCUAGUAACCCAUGUAACAAUGGCGGAACAUGUCACGAUUUAAGAAACAAUUUUACAUGUUCAUGUCUGAAUGGGUAUUACGGAACACUUUGUGAGCUUGAAUGUACAAGACCCAAAUACUGUGACGAGUACAAAUGCACAACAGAAACAGAUUUCAUCUGUAUUAAGUGCUAUGGACAGGGCAAAACUCCUAAAGAUUCAGUGUAUUUUAUUUCAUCGGACCAAAAAAACUGUACAGAUCAAAGUCCACCUCAGUUUAGUAACUGUCCUUCAGAAAUGGUGCAGAAGUAUGAUUCAGGAAAAGGUUCCUAUGUGAAUUGGGAACCAAUACAUGUUGAUGAAAACAUUGGCAACUUUUCCCUUUCAAGCAACAUCCAAAAUGGUGCCUUCUUUUCUUUUGGGGAUCACUCGGUUGUUUAUAAUGCCAUUGAUGAUUCUGGAAACGCAAAUAGUUGUAAUUUCACAAUUCGAGUAAUAGAGAUACAAGACAAGGCUUGUACCGCUCCACCUGUUCCAUUUCAUGGUUUUUUGGGGUGCCAAAACAAGGGAGCUCUACAGUGUUCAAUACAUUCCUGUGAUAAAGGGUAUCUUUUGAAAAAUAACGAUUCGCAUACCUGUGAAAGUGGGGUUUGGAAUCCGGAAUUUCCUAAGGAUUUCAUAGCUACGUCAUGUAUUAAACCGGAACCAACUUAUCUAAGGAGAAAUUACACAUUCACUUUUAAUUGCCCACAUCUCAUGAUAAAUGCAGCAGAAUUAAGAGAUUGUAUUAAUCAGUCCGGACUCUGUCCCGAAGGAGACAUCUUACUUUGCGAUAGGCCUUUCCAAAGAAUAGAGGGGCAACAACUCUCAUCCCAGAAAUUGCAGAUAUGGAUGAUUAUGGAAGGAAAACUUUCGUUUGAUACCAACAAGCAACUAUUGGUGCAAAACAUGGAUGAUCACGGACAAAAGAUAGCUGAUCUUUUCCAAACAGGCCUGUUUCUUACUACCUGCACAAAUUUAACCUGCGACUUUGGGGAAAUAUCAAGUGGACAAAUAUCUGAAGUUUGUGCUGAAGGCUCUACAUUCUAUCAAGUCAAUGGAUAUUUAGUCUGUGCUAAGUGCGGACCAGGUUGGUUUUAUGCCAAGAAUACCUGUAUUCAGUGUCCUGAAGGGUUCUACCAGGACAUAGCAGGUCAACAGGACUGUAAAAGAUGUCCAGACGAAAGAACGUCCAUGAUCGGAGCAUUUUCAAUUUCUCAGUGCUAUGAUAAAUUAGUCGCAAGGGAACUAUUAUCUCCCUUUGACACUACAACAGUGGUCGGUGGAGCUAUCGGCGGAUUAUUCCUAUUAUGGAAAAAAUGA